AUGGACAUGUUACAAGGUAUGUGUGAGAAUAUCCCUUUAAUUUUCAUGUAUUUAAAAGUAAAAAGUUUAAAUAACGUAAAUAGGUGUGACGGCGACUCAAUAGAAUUUAGCAUGUAUUUGACGUUCUGCGGCGACUACAAAGGAUACACCGAUAUCCGUUGCGCUAAUCCAUUUCCCGGCACCGAAGUUAAGAAGGUUUUUGAGGCCAAGUUGAAUGAUUGUGUAAGCGAGUCGGUGAAAAACAUUUGGAGUUGGAAUAUAUAUAAAAUAACCAAACAGGUACCGGAAAUUACAGAUGAAAAUUAUUUAACCAAAGAAAACUGUAUAAAGUUAUACUUGAAUUAUCUAACGGAUAUCCAUUAUACCAUCAAAACAUUUUACAAAGGAAAAACCUUGGGCGUAUGGACCACGUUCGAGUGGUUGAGUGGUAAAUAUUUUCUUACCGAAAAUUCUGAAAGCGUAGAUAUGAACGAGUUAAAAUCAAAAAAUAUAACUGUCAGAGACGUAAGUAUGAGUUUAACAGUGGCGUAUUAUGCCAUAGUACCGUGGAACUUAAAUACGUUCAGAGUCAUGCAAUUUCACAUGACGAUUGUAUACCAUCUAGUCAGAACGAUGAAUACGUACGUGUACCGAUACGCGCAAAUCAUCUUUAUGUAAUUGAAGC